AUGUUCCUUUCAGCUGGAAAAUGUCCAAUACCUCAGAUCCGACCAGAAUGUCCGGGUUUACCAUCGUCGCUUUGUUCAAUUGAUGUGGAAUGCCCUGGCACUCAGAAAUGUUGUGAUGAUGGAUGUCUUGGUUUCCAGUGUGCAGAACCCUGUAAGUGGGGUGGCCAUACACAUGCCUUGGGCCUAACCAAAAAUAUCCUGUGGUUUCGGUUUCCCGACCGACCUUUAUUGUUUCUGCCCCUUAUCAUCAGGGCAAGUCGGACAUGAAAAUUGGUUGCCCGGAAUAUAAUUCAAUCACCAUCAGGACUAGUUUUGCCAUCACUUAUUUGAGGCUAAUGAUUGCAGCAAGGAUUGAAUAAAAUAGAGUUUGGCAAAUACAACGGCAACGAGAACGCGCGCUUCAAAAACUCAUUAAUAGUUUAUGAGGAAAAUACAAAGAAAAAUCAUAAGCGUGUUGUAUCUUUAUAUGUGAUAGAGAUUUCCCUUGAUUUACAUCAAGUUUAACUUUGAUUUUCUCGACUUACAGAACGUAUUUUUUGAAAAUUACUUUGCCAAUGAACUUACUAGAUCGAUCGUUUUUGAAGCGGUUUAAAACAUUUGCUGUGCGUGUUUUAUCAAACCUAAAGAUACUCGGCUUCGCCUCGUCUCUUUAUAUCUGAUAAAACACUGCUGCUCAUGUUUUAAAUAGUACAUCAACAAUAGUACGGUAUCUUUACUCUAAGACAAAGGCGACUAUAAUUUGCAUUCCUUAAAACAUUGUAGCACUCCGUAGUUGUUCAAACUGCUACGUUAUAUACAUCAUUUUCACGGCUCGUGACCACGUCAACAGAUUAAGAAAAAAUAGUCCGCGAAUUCAAUAAAACUCUCAAAUAACAUCGAACAAAUUAACUGUUGCCGUAGUCAUGCACCGUGAAAAUGAUGCAAAUCACGUAUUAGUUUCAACAACUACGGCAUUGCACAACGCUUAAGACCAUGUAAUUUACAUUCGCCUUUGUCUUUGAGGAUUAAUGCUAUUGUUAAUGACCAUAUUGCCGUUGCCGUUGCCCUUGUAUUUGCCAAACUCUCUAUUUUCUGUUUCGCGACGGCAAUAGCGGAAUUCACGGCGGCAAAUUUUUGAAAGCAGUUGAUGUUUAGUUUUAGCCUUUAAUUGGGUUAAAUUCCCCUAAAAGUCAUUUAAAGUCAAGAGAUAAUAUACAAGUAUACCUUUUAAUAUGUAAUGUUACUUACAAGUUAAACUUAACUACUGUAGACUGCAGUAGAUUAUACAAAAAAGUUGUGCAGUCAAAACAAAAUCUUAAUAUUAUUUUGAAAAUUACUUUUAUUUCGCCAAAAAAACGCCCAAUGGUACUGCUUAAUUAUAAUUAUUUCAUUUUUUCAUUCUUCUCGCAGCAAAAUACAGCGGCAUUUUCUCUGUACUCAUUUACUCUGUACUCACCUUUUAGCCUGUGGCAAAACAGAACGUGAUCAGCGGUUCGGAUUGCAGACUGUUGAAGAGACGAAAAUACUUCAUGCAAACUUGCUUUAUAGUAAAUAAUAACAGCGAAAAAAGUUCGCGUCUUUUGACCGUACAUCAUGUGUUUUUGGGCCAAUGGUUAAAAUAUAUUUCUUGCCGAUCAAGAUGAUAAGCAACCUUGCUUCUCCGUCGAUUAUAAACAAUUCCUUGCCGAUAUCGUAAAAUUUAUUCACGUCGGCAAAAAAGUGCCGUCGUGAUAGGCUAUUUUCGCUAUUCACGUCGGCAAUUACGUCGGCAAUUGCCGAAUGCCGCCGCGAAUUUCAAAAACGUCGCUCGCUCAAACUCUCUAAUAUUGGUGGGUGGUAAUCAAUUCCUUGAAAUUUAUAAGAUAAAGACAGCGGCGAAGUUUUUCCAAUAUGGCCACUAUAACGUCCAACUGUCCAAGAAUAAUCUUCACUUCCAAUUAAUCGAGUUUUCUGUAUACAAUUGCAAAUGUGAACAACUUGGGAUUUUUUUUAUUUUCUAGUGGUUGAGCCAACGGCAUCACGGCCAAAGGGUAAGUAUUUUUGUAUUUUUAUAUGUUAAUCGUUGCAACAUACAAGUACUGUACAUGCAUAUAAUAGACCUUUUGCUGCCUUGUACACAUGCGCUACAUUGCGUGUCGUCCCGCGUGCGCUCGAUGACGUUCAUUAGUAUCGUGUGAAAGAGUAAUUCUUACUUAUUUCACUGAUCCGAAUUAAUUUUAUAUUGAAUAUCCGCUGUAUAUUUCAAGGAUAUUAUUCACGUUUGUUCAUUUCCAACCAGUGACCCGAAAAUGAGACUCAACAGCAAAUUAGAAACGAUAUCUAACCUAAAUAAUCAGAUUUGAUAAACAUAUUACAAAAUGAUCGAUACGUACCUGUGAUAAUGUACGAUCUUUUUUUUGUGUGCAUGUGUGUUGGCGUUAUAUACUCAGGUGAAUACGAUGUUUGUGGUGUUACUCUGAGUGUGCAUCCACACCGGGCAAUCUGAAAAGUUUGCCUAUAACCACGGUGGGAAUCAAACCCGCGAUUCCCACCGUGGCAAACUUUUCAGCUUGCUCGGUGUGGAUGCACACUCAGAGUAACAUCACAAACAUCAUAUUCACCUGAGUACAUAACAACAUGCACACACACAAAAGUAUCAUAUCUUAGAAUGCAUUGAUAUCGAAGGAACUAGACUCGGUUCCGGAAUAUCACCAACUCGAACCGACUUGACCUCGUAGCUCAGUUGGCAAAGCAUUGGACUAGUAUCCCAAAGGUCGCGGGUUCGAUUCCCACCGUGGUCACGCAAACUUUUAAGCUUGCCCGGUGUGGAUGCACACUCAGAGUAACAUCACAAACAUCAUAUUCACCUGAGUACAUAACACCAACACACACAAAAGAAUCAUAUCUUAGACUACAUUGAUAUCGAAGGAACUAGAUUCAGUUCCGAAAUAUCACCAACUCUCGAACCGACUUGACCUCGUAGCUCAGUUGGCAGAGCAUUGGGCUAGUAUCCCAAAGGUCGAUUCCCACCGUGGUCAGGCAAACUUUUCAGCUUGCCCUGUGUGGAUGCACCCUCAGAGUAACACCACAAACAUCAAGAAAAUAAGAAUUAAAAACAAUAAUCAUCAGUUCUCGCCUGUCGCUCUAUAGAGCUUACUUUUCGCGGGAAUAUAUAAUCAGUUUACAUAAUCUACACAGUAACAAAGUGCAUUUUGAUUGGCUGGUUAUUGGUAGGAGGGCAAAAAUUAAAAGUGAGCGUAUUUCAAAAUAUAUAGAGAUGAUGGCAGGCGCUCUUUGACAUAGCGCCUGCUUUGCAGGCUAAUAUGUAAUGAAAUAUUAAGUAAUUUUAAUUUGAACUAAAUAUAUGUGAGAAUGAAUUUGACCACUAGUCACACAUAUACAGAUGAUUGUAUGACUUACAGUAGCUAAAAAUGGCUGAUGGUUUGGCAUCGCGAUGGAUCUGGGUACUUAAUGAUCCCCGAGAUCACCAGAUAUUUGCACUGUCAAAUUUGACCCCACAAUGACUGUUUAGCUUUUGAAUUUUCAAAACUGGUUUCCCAAAUUUUGAUAAUCGGUUAUAUUUUUCGGCAUUAAUUAAUGUGUGUGGGUCAUUAUGGAAAUUGUGUAAUGUCAUAUUGGUUUCAGCAGGCAAACAGAAUUUAUCUAGUAAAUCGAUUUAAGAAGUUAGAUCUACAGUUCAACACCGUUAAUACGGCCAAGAACCGGUCGAAAAAGAAUAUAUAUUGCCUUGGCGUUUUUCGGGGAGAAAAAUAAGUGGCCGUGAUAAGAAGGUUACCCUAUUAACGCAAUUUAACGGGGUGGCCGUAAGGCGGGCUUUCAAAGUUUCAAUGUACCAACAAUUUCUUUUGGGUUGCAACCUCGUCCACAGGGCAUUUUGCCUCCACGGCUGAAUGUCGGCGAAAAUGGCCCUGGGAUCGGCUGGUCACAUGACACCCAGAAUUUCUGGGUGUUUUGAGACGAUAAUGUAUGCGAAUUUAAAAAUUUUUUGUUGUUUGUUUAUGAAUAAUAAAUGUGAAAUAAUGAGCUAUUUGCUAACUUAUUCAACCAAAGACUUUAUUUUAAGAGCAUCCUCAUUUUAAGAGCUAUCCCAUCCUCGUCCCCAGGCCCAAGCUCGGGCGGCCCUCACAGUGGGUCUGGCAAACGCAUAUGACUGCAAGUACAAUACGUAAGUGAAUCUUCACCAUACUCUCGGUAUAGUGUCUUGCCCUGGGGACGAGGUUGUUUGUUCGGUGUUCCAUCAAGGCGUAUUUUAGUGCAGAGGUGGGGGAGUAUUGUCACCCGGGAGGAGAAUUUAGGUGAACACAUUUUUCUGGUGACCCUGUAUCUUGGAAAUGCCCCCGAGCACUUGAACAUGAUGUAAAAUCUUCAGGUGACAAUGAGAGAGCUUUAGAUCAGGUUGCGAGUACGAGUGUACGACUACGAGAUUCGUUUAUUUGGAUAGAGACGUCUUACGCCAUCAUGUGUACUGACGCCUUACAAAUGGCGUAUGCUGUUGCAGCUACCCUGUCACAGUACUUUUCCUCAUUAAUAUUGUUUAAAACUUAAUCAUUCUAAUGUGAGUGGCAAGUCUGUAUAUAAAUAAAUAAAUCAAUCAAUCAAAACAUGCAUCAAUUACGAGAAUCAGAUUAUAGCGUGUGUACGUAAUGGCGCGUAAGAAGAUGGCGAGCAUGUGCAAUUAAACCAAUUGAACUAUAAAUAAACUGGAAUGAUAAGUUGACCAAGUGUUUUCUGCAGGUAGCCUAUACCCCAGUCCUUUUUUACAAAAUAUAUGCGAAAAAUAUAACUUAAAAAUCGUCAUAAAAUUUUCUCACUUUUACUUUCUUCCAGGCAUUAUUUUUAUCCUAGAGCACACUAUGACAACGCAGCAUUUAUUUAAAGCACAUAAAAAAGCAAAUAUUAACUGUACAGAGAAAUAUCGGACCGAGGUCUUCUUUGUACAGACCGAACCCGUAGGGCGAGGUUUAUACAAAAAGACCUCGGUCCGAUAUUUCUCUGUACAUACCGAGCAAGCGAGGUUAAUAAAAAGUUUAUUAUAUGACAUUUAUAGGCAUUUAUACUCGAAACAAACAAGAAAUACGUGACUUAAAAUGCAUAUUAGUAGCGUGGUACACAUUUGGUCGAAGAAAACAAAAAAUACCAAUGUAUUCUUUCUUUUCCGCUAAAAACCAUGUGCAGAUAUCUUAUUAAUAACAAAUCAAAUUAUAAUUUACAAAUUUUCAAUGACUUUUAUUGUUUUGUUUUAAAAUGCAUGCGUUUGUUUUUCCGCUGAAAGUCAUUAGUAUCAGUACAAUUUUAUUAUACGGCUCAGCCAAUCACAGUCCGCCAUUUCACCGGAAGUGAUACUUGCCAUAUAUAACUGCCGAAAUAUGACACGAACAAAACGAAACUCAGCAAAUAAAGGGAAAGACUUUCUGGAAAGAGUUCAGAGGCAAUUUUGUACAAUUUAUGUACAAAAAUCUUAGAUACAGUUGAUAAUGGAUGUCCAAACAUCCAGAAACGUACUUUAAUAAGUUAAAAUUAUGCAUUAAAUUAGUAAAAGUACCGACGGCUACCUGAGAACCGGCUAUACUUGAGCGCUCGAAAUUUGGCUUCACCCAACUAUAGGCCUUUAUCACAGGAGUUAUCGUUCCAGUUUACUUAUAAUUGAAUGGUGCAAACAACGACUCUCGUAGUCAUACAUCGUGUUCACAUAACUGAUUUGCAGGAACUACCCAGAGCAUGCCCGUUCGCAGGUUAGGGUUGCGCACUGCCUGCGAACGGGCAUGCUCUGGGCCACAAUACUCCUUCCAGCCACCACUUCAGCCUCUAGACUGUUUACACAUAUUUACCACUUUAGUGUGAUAGAAUACAGGCUAUUGAAUUUUAUAGCGUUUGUCUUUAUGCGUUGUCGUUCUACUUUUGAUGCUCAGAUUUACGAUUUAAAUUUGACAUCUAAAAAUCAUUUUAGAAUUUCAUUAAUUAUACUCCAAGCUCCAGCUGGCUGUAGAACGGUUGAUAUCCGAUUUCUAUAGGGUUUACAAAGAAAAGUUGAAGGUGUAAAUUUGAGAAAAAAAUAGGUUGCUUGUGUUUAAAAUUUCUAUCUUACAGAAAUUUUUUCAGGUUUGAUUUUUGUGGGGCAUUUUUUGCAACCUCGCCAUAAUGCUGUAUUAUUAGCGGUCUGUCACUAAAAAUAUUUAUAAAUAGCUAUUAUGUGAUUAACUUGUCUUAUUAUGUAUCUAUAAUUUCCAAAUUAUCAGCGUGUAUAUACACUGAAUGACAUUAUGACGAGCUAAAUAAUAAUAAGUUUAUUUACUUGUUUUCUGUUUAUUUAUAUGUUUGCUUUUUAGCUUUUAUCUUUACCCCAAAUUUCGAAAUCACUGCGCUCAGAUAUAUUAAUUUGUAUGAACGUGAUAUAAUUAUAAUAAUUUACAAACAUUAUAUUAUAAAGUGUUUUCAUGAAUCGAGACUAUCAUACAUUUAAAGUGUGACUAAUAUAUUAUUUACCAUUAAAGAUACAACAUGCUAGCGUUUGCAUGAAAUAUGCAUGAAUUCUUAUUGAGUUGUGAUUUGGUUGGUAUAUGUCAGUAUGGAAUAAAUGUCCCAUGCAUUUCAACAAAUGCAUUAUUCUUAGCGAGGUUAAAGAUCAAAUUGCGCAUUUACACAAUAUAGUAUAUGUCAUUAUAUAGUCUGCGCGCAGGCUAACAAUUAUAUCAUUUCGAAUUUUGCAAUUAAUUAUUCUUUCCUGCUAACACUGUAUAUUUGAGUGCUCAUUCCUAAUCAUAAAUGUGAUAUAAUAUUUAGCACGACAGCAUAAUAUUUAUUCAACGCAAGUUCGUAUUAGGCUAUAUCCUGGUUUUUGUCCUGAUUUGAAUAUUAUCGAUUCGGAACUACAACCAAAGUUUAUAUUUUUGCCCUGCGUGCCUUCACACAAAAUGUUACGUACAAUUUACUAGGCAUGGAUGAUGACGUUUCUGCCAUUCGUACACACAUAUGUGACAUAUGCUUGCUAAGGCUUCGCGUGCAUAUUGCGCGCGUGAGACCGAUAGUUAAUUCCGUUCGAAUGUCGACGUGUUCCUGUCACACAAAUAAACAUUCACAAAACUGUUGGCCACUCACGCAAGUCAACAAAAUCUAAGAGAAAUCUUUAUAAAAGAUGGAAUGAAUGAAUGUAGACGCAAAAUAAUGGAGCCAAAUAGUGGCCAAAAUAUGGAAGCGUGCGCGAUUUCUUUGAUUGAAAAUGCGCUUUACUGGCUGUGUGGAAACCUGAUCGUUGUUUUAUUAAUAUUUCAUAAUAAUGAGAGACAGUGGUCAAAGAGAGGUCUUCAUUGAAGGCGUCAUUUUUGCCGGAUCAAAUAUCAAUCGAGGUCUUUGUUAAUGAAGCUAUUCACAGAAUGCAGUCGGAUUACAGACCCCUAGUCAACCGCGCCUGAUUGUGCGCGCAGUGCCUCGGUAUCUUCAUCUUGGCUCUGAUCAGUAUAGGCGAACGGUGUGUAGUGCGUGAAACCAUUUUGCACCAAAAAGCCUCGCGUUGGUCAUGGCGUAUCGAUUGCUGUUCUCAUUAGCGUUCGUUUUAUAUCUAACAUAUUCUGUACAAGGACAGGAUGAAAAACGUAAGUAAACGAUAUGUGUUGUCCUUUUGAAAUCCGCAAUUCUCACUCGCGCUGCGCAAGGUCUUGCUGACCGCCAUUCCAUAGAAAAGUGUAUAUAUUUAUAUUGUAUUUUACUCUGAUUACUAUGAAUAACUUUGAAGCCAUAUGUUCUGAAAUAUGUCUUGUUUAAAAGGAAUUUGUUGGACGCAAGCUAUAAUCGUGCUAUAUUAAAAACCUUCGCAUGAUUCAGUACAUUUUAUGAUAUGAAUUGAGCAAAGUUGGUCUUGCAUCAAAUAACAAAAAUGUUGUUCUUUAUUUAUUUAUACUGAUUGCGUUUUUGUUCUUUAACUGAUUUACAAUGUAGUGUAUUGUGUAUUUUAUGUGCUUUCAUACGUAACCGGUUCCAUGCAUUUGCGCGAAUAAAUGGCCCUUUGAUAAGUGGUCAAACGGAACGCACUUGCUUGGUCCGAGCUCGUCUCUUAAUUUUCCAAAGUUGAUAAUUUCACAGUAAGAUAAACUUGCAGAAAGAUUGUUUUCAUAAAGCAAUGUUUUAAUAAAAGGCAUCGCACGACACAAAUAUUCCGUGUUCUCGUUGCUUGGUCAGCGCUAUGCAAUGAAAGGGCCGAUUGUUCGCUCAUAUUCAGACGGUCGGGUGUCAAGUGUUGAUGUACGAAAAGCAACGAGAGGCAAAGUCAUGUGUGUGCUCUCUUAUUAAUCUCAAAUUCGAAUGAUUUUCUUCAAAAUGUGGAACAUUUUGGCAUAAAAAAUAGUAUUUAUGAUACUGAAAUAUAAAUAUAGCGAGAGUGAAUGUCUGGUAGUCGUAGCUUUUGUGGUUAAUAAGAUUUGAUAUUAAUUGGAAGAUUGACAUACAUAAUUUUCGUAAGGGCACGCUAUAGAGCGAAUGGCAUUUAUACACGGCAUAUCAUAUAGUAAAUCAGGCCUUUUGUUUUGGUGUUAUACGCAAGAUAUUUAUGUAUUAUUAUAAUGAAAAUUCUAAGGGAAGAAACGUGCAUUUUCAUCGCACAAGGAGUUAUAUUAUUAACUGCACCAGCUUUCAUAUUUAAAAUACUUUACGCACGACUUUGUAUGAGCCACACGAACGGAAUAUUUUAUAUAUGUAAUCGUGUGCCUCAUAAAAUUUUUUCCCCGUAUAAUUUCACAGAGAAACAUAUAAAAAUAUACAGGGGAGAUGUAAUCAAUAUUAUAAAGAAUUCAGUUUGAAAGUCCAACUGUGCAUCCAUAUCAUAUGACGCUUUUUGAAUCAGAACAGAUUGUAACUGAGAUUAUAGAAGCUUUACAACCCCUUCCAAUGAUCCGUUUGUGUUUUACACAUACAGCCACAUCAAUUUUGAUACUAGGAUAGUUGAUCUAUAAAGUACCAGGGUGUAUAACAAAAUUGCCCAGUUCGAAAAUGUUCGCUAAACUUCAAAUUGCGCAAAUUUGUGAAAGCUCUUUGUGCAGACAUGGGUAGUUUGGGGUUUACUAGCCUGCGCGCAGACUAUAUAAUGACAUAUAUAUGUCAUUAUAUAGUGUGCGCGCAGGCUAGGGGUCUACUAGUAUUCGCCACCAAAAUUAUUUUGAAAAGUAAAUUUUGAGUGCAGGCCUGUUGUUUAAUUAAACAACUAUAAAAAUGGCUUGCGCACAACAAAUGGAAGGUUUAAAACGCAAACUUGGAAGGUGGUUUAUCACUAAAUCCAACUUACCCCUAAAACUUGGACUUUGCGGUAUUAGCCGUUCACACGCAAUUUAUUCAAUUAAACGCAUGACUGAUGUUAUGUAUGAUUGAUUUUAUGCAUGAUUGAUUUCUUACAUACUCUUUACCAAAAGUUUAAAAGUUAUGUGUGAAAGGCUACUGUGGCAUAAAAGUCCAAGUUUUAAAGGUCGCGCGUUGGACUUUAUAAAUCUUUAUAAAGAGUGAGUGUCAUGCCAGUGAUACUUUGCACGCUUGUGUUUACAUUCUAGCAUUUGGUAUUUACAUUUUAUGUCUACAUUUAUGUCUUUCAUUACAAACAUUUUGCGUAAAAAAACGCAACAUUUCACAAGAUAUAAAUCAUAUAAUGACUUACUUCGUUUAACAGAGGAAAUAGGGUUGUUUUUCAAUAGCCGAUUCCGAUAAUUAUUUCAAGAUUUCAAGAUAAUUACAAAAGUCCGUUAUUAAUUAUUCUGACAUACCUGUAUAUAACAUUUGCAGUUAACAUUGAACUUGGAGCUGUCUUAAGGCAAACGAAAAACAUUUUCUAAUGUGAAGUACUAGAUAUUCAUGGGAUGUAUUAGUAAAUAAAAUUAAAUACUGAAAGAAUGUUGACUUUUCUUAUUUUGAGAAUCUGGAUAACAGAUUUUCAGCUGGAUACCAGGUUAAAUCUCAGGGCCACCAAUUUAUAAGUGGUAUGGUUAGAUUCUAGUCCCGAAAUUGAUUACACCAGAGAAGGAUUUUUCAUAUUUUCAUUUGGGGGGGGGUGGAUACAUAUCUGGGGUGGGGGUGUGCUGCUGCUUGCUUUGGCCGGAGCCUGGUGGCAACGCCAGGAAAGGCCAAGGAAAAAGUUUAACAAAAUUUGUUUUCUAGGCCUGUAUGGCGAGAUCUGAAACCAUAAUAUUGGCAAUUUUACAAAUUUAGUAGUAACAAUAAUCAAAUAUUAAACUAUCAAAUCAAAAUAUAUAUAAUUUGGGGGCGGUGCCAAAUGCCUCUGGAAAUCAUUUCUGGGGGUGGCCUUCAAUAAUAAUGAUGAUACUCCCCCAAAGAAAGUAUCUUAAUCAUAACCAGUUUGACUUCCAAGAUAAAACUUUACCUGUAAUAUUGGCACAAAGUCUAACACCUCAAACAUUUUUUGGUUGCUCCGGAAAGUGGUCCGGUUGAAACCGGACCAAUCGGAGUGGUGACUAUGGCCCUUGUCUAGGUAAGGCCUAAUCUCAAACCUUGUUGCCAUUCAUGCAUCUUUUAGGACUUAUUAUUUGUAUUAUCACCUUAGUUUCACAUAAGUGUUAUACAUGGCAAAUUCCCCCCACCUAACUUUACCCCCUCCGUAUGGCCAUGAUGGUCCAAUACAUGGUGGUUAACAUCAAAUGUACAUGGUACUUAUGGAAGAGUUUUAUAAAAUGCUAAAUGUUCCACCACCUGGAUAAAAAGUAGAGAUCACCGAGCAAACUUUAUUAUAAGUUAUAUUUAUGCGUCAAUACUCAAUAACAAUUAUUCAUGAUAACUUUCUUUUCAAACAGCCGGCAAAUGUCCAACUGCUCCGGUAAAACCAGAGUGUCCUCCCCCAGUCUCGCUAUGUUCAAUUGACGAUGAAUGUACUGGAACUCAAAAGUGUUGUGAUGAUGGGUGCAGUGGUUCAGAAUGCAGAGAAGCAG